CCGAACCCAAUUGAACGCUACCCUAAAAUUUUGUAGGGUAGAGUUCAACUAAACCUUUGGUGUUUCCACCGUAAAAGCGUUCACCCCAACCCGACUCUAACCCGACUCUGACCCGAUUUGAACCCUCGAUGGAAACGUAGUCUAUGUGAUCGGCCUACCUUUAACGCUAUAUUCCAUUCAAGAUAAUCUACGUGUAGGCGCCGAGUACUAAUCUAUGUAUCUGUAUUAACCUAUGCAAAGAAAGUUGCGGAAUAACUUCGAAUUCGUGUUAGGAGUAUAUGAGAAGAGUACGGCGCAAAAUAAAUAAAUAAUUCGCACAGCUUUUCGUCAACGGAAGAAUUAUUUAAUAAGCAGCAAACGUAUCGUGUUUCUAUGAAUAAUGUAUCUUACAUGUUGUAAACUAGUAACUAGUACAACUCAAAUCUAUGUUGCGAACAAAUUUUCAAACAGCAUUUUUUCCGUAAGUUCCCUUUUCCGAUGUAAACAACCUCGAAGACAAUGGUAUUGCUUGAAACCGCGAGUAUCAAAUUUUCAUACCACUCAAAGAAUGCAUUCUCCUACAUCUGUGAUUUUGAGUAUUGCAUCCUUUGCCUCUGGAUGUUACUUAAGACAUUGGUGGUUGAAACAGACUCCGAUGAAACGUGAAGAAUAUUUAAAGUGGUACAAGAAUAAACGAUUUAAAAUUCAUGGUACUUUGGCUGUAAUGUCUUUCGUCAUGAUCGCUUACUGUUCGACGUUUGUUAAAAGGGAUCCAGUAGUAAAUCGUCCGCGUCUUGUGCUAUUUAACGAAGAAGAACAAGCUCGAAAUGCCCAAGUGUUUGCUAAGUUAAUAGUGCAUUCUAGAGAUAACGUGGUACCAUUCGAUGAUCCCAUGUACUCGAGGAUCCUCGAUGUAAUGAGAAACCUGGGAAGAUCUAACGAAAAUCUAUUUAAACAUAGUAACUGGCGUAUUACUAUAGUCAAACGUAUGUUCGAUAUAACGCCGAAUCCUACUGUUAUGGUUUUACCUGAUGCUACAAUUAUUGCUUUUAGCGACAUCUUCAAAUUCGUUAAAAACGAUGAUCAGUUAACGUUUAUUCUAGCUCAUGAAAUGGCGCAUCAAAUGCUCCUACAUACGACAGAAGUGUUAUCUUUUAAAUUUUUAAGAAUCGUUAUGCUCGAUAUAAUCGUGUUUCUAAGUUUUGCAUUCUAUUCAUUCUGGAUUGCGUUUGUACACUCUGUACUUGCCUCUGUACUCUCUCUCAGUAUCUUUUGCUGGUACAAACGACGCAGAGAAAUAGAAGCUGACAAAAUAGGAUUUGAAUUGUGUGCAAGAAGCUGCAUUGAUUUGAGAGAAGUGUUUGUAUUCUUGGAAAUUCUGAAAAAGUACAAAGAUUUGAUCUUCAAAGAUGCAUUAUUCGAUGUUUCGUUGUUCAGUAUUCAUCCUCCUUUAGAAGAUAGGCUGAAGAGAAUGUACGAUGAUCUACCGAAACUUUUGCAAUUACGAAAUGAAGCCAAUUGUCCAGAAUUACCGGAUAUGGAUCCACGUGAUAAUCUACCUCGGUACUUAAAAGAACUCGAAGAUAAUUUACGAACUGAUCGCAAUUCUUUCGGGAUACAGUUGUAAACUUGUAAAAUCAGUUUUUUGA